UCGAUUAGUGGAGAAAACAAUUGCAGCCGUCGUUCGGCGAGAGAAAUUUUGGUUUUUCAAUGUUUCUUUUUAGUCGAAGAUUGAAGAAGCUACUUCACAAACUGCCUGGAAAGAGAUUCGGCGAGUACAGACUGCUGCCAUUGUUUUUUUUCUUCGGGGCCGCCUUGGAAUACUCCAUGAUCCAUUGGUACGUGGGAGAGGUUAACUUCUACAAGAUAUACAAGCGCAAGAGGGUGGAGGAACUGGUGGAGGAGAGACUAAGGCGAGAGCAGGCGGCCUAAAGAGAAGCAAUUUUUGCACCACUACUUUC